UGGCAAAUAAUGUGAUCCCCAAUUUUAGUGCACAUGCGAUUCCCAACCAGGAAUUUGGCUACUUUUAGCAAGUUCAAAUUGCAGGAAAUUUAUGGACAUGGAAUGAUGUUGGACCCUAUAAAUAGAAGCAGUGCAUGGAGAAAAGGUUUUCCCGUAGAACCUAACUACACUGACAAUGAGCACUUUUGCGGUGGAUACAGUAUUCAGCACGGGACAAAUGGUGGAAAGUGCGGAGAAUGCGGUGACAAUUAUUCUUUACCUCGACCGCGACCAAAUGAAAAUGGCGGCAUCUAUGGAUCAGGUAUCAUUGUUCAAAAAUAUAAGGCAGGUUCUGUCAUCAAUGUGAUCGUUAGACUCACUGCCGCUCACUUGGGUUACUUUACAUUCAACCUUUGUCCACUGAAGAAUAAAGAAUUAGAAACCGAUAAAUGCUUCAAUACGUAUCCCUUGCCAAGAGCUAACGAUAAAGGCUAUAAAUAUCCCAUUGACAUCAAUAUCGCAAAGGAUUACACUAUCAGCUUGGUCCUACCAAAGAAUGUUACAUGUAAACAAUGUGUACUUAGGUGGCAUUAUCAUACUGGGAAUACUUGGGGAACUUGUCAAGAUGGAACACAACGCGUAGGUUGUGGUCCCCAAGAAACAUUUAGAAGCUGUGCUGAUGUCACCAUCACGAAUUAAUUUAUCACGUAUUUCAGAUCGGAUUAGCUUUAUAUUAUAUCGAAAGCGCGUUUGACUUAUGCUCAUAAAAAUUUUUAA